AUGUGUAAUUCUUGUAAAUUUCAAAAUAAAUAUAUCCUACGGAAAUCACCGAGUAUUUCCGAUGGCAGACAGCACCAAACACAACAACAAAGCCGGCAGGUUGUUUUGUCUGGAGGGAAGAUCGUAACAGCAGUGAUGCCUCUGUCAGAUUUCACUUGGAGUCUCCAGGCACAAAAACCGUUUAUACAUGAAGUCUACCCGAACAAAAAAAGAAAAGCACCAGGAUUUGGUGAUGCAGACAGAGAAGUGCCAAGUCAAAGUGAAAAUGGAGAGUUGAUGGAAAGCAGUACAUUUAAGAGGAGAUGUGUGGAUGCUUCAGGAGAUGAUGUAAUGGCAGAAGUGAACCACAAUAUAUCAGCCUCUGAGAAUCUCAAUUUCCCUUCCGUCCAAACAUCACAACCACAGGGAUGCUGGCCUUUACACCCUCAAUCAAAUGGAACAUUUUUCAACCCUCUAGUCAUGACGUCGGGGAUGCAGGAUGAUGAAAGUCUGUGUGGCAAUCCCAAUCUACCCACAAAUCAACAACAACACUUGAUAUCACAACAGUCUAUACAGGACAUGCAGCAACCACCCCUAAAUGAGGACUGUAUGAUAAUGAAUUUAAAUGAAGAAACAUACUCCACAACAAGUAUCAAUGUCACUGAAGAACAAAUGGCAUACAGCACAAUGGAUUCUGAUGGCGUGCCAGACCAUGAACAAUAUAAAUUAGAAAUGUGUGAUUCAAAUUGUUUUGAGGUUGAGCGAAACCCGGUAUCCAGUAAAGUGAAAUGUUACUGCCGGCCGUCGUGGGAGGGAGUGAUGGAGAUGAGACCUUAUGUUUCUGAUUACUACUGAUAUGGAUUUUGUUUAUUUGUUAUCAUACAAAUCACACUCAAGUGCAUUGUUUUAAUAUUCUGUAUUUUAGUAUGAAAUGAUGAAGUCUUUAAAACACAAUGUUAAUGGUAAUUUACUUCAUAUUGAAGUAGUAUAGAUAUUGUUCGAUAAGUUAUGCAUUUGGGCUGUAUUUUUAUUUGAAAAAAUCAAAGUGCCAUGUUUUAGAUACAUGUACAGCUAUUAUCCUUUGUGUUCAAAUGAAGAAUCAUUAAUGAAGAGUUAAAUGAAAAAAUGAAAAUGUAUUUGUCAAAAUCGCGAAAAUGUUUUAUAAAAGGUUAACACAUUGUUUUACAUGGCCUAUUUGACCAAUUCUUGAUGGUUGAGGAAUAUGGAAGAACUUCAGACAAAGUUGUCCCUUCUACCCAUUGAAAGCUGGUGUAGAUCACUAAUAUUAUUUAUGGCGUGAAUUGUUAUAUAUGCAAAUUUUAGACAUUGAGUGACACAUUUGUUAUUGUUUGUAUAUAGGUGUAUGGUGUACAUGUGAGAUCCUAUCAGAUGGAUGUAUGACUUUUGAAUACAGUGUGUUAUUGUUAAGAUGUAAUUUUGCAGACUGUAUCUUUUGUUUUUAACUAAAAUAUAAUUUAAUGUCUUCAGUAGGUUUGACACGAAUAGAACAUCUGGCAGCAAUAUGAAUGUUCUGAGAAAUUAAAUCAAGUAUGUUCAAAUUUCAGGUUGAAAUGAAAAUAUCAGAUUCACUAUAUCAAUUUGAAAGGAUAUGUAAGUUUUUAAACAAGCUGGCUUUGACACUCUUACGCUGAAAAAUGCAGUUAAAUAAUCUUGCCUCCUUAACUCUAAGACUCUUCUAAAACUCUUCAGAUUGUUUGUCUUCACUCUGGUGUCCACUCGGGUGUCCCGAAACUUUAUCACUAGCUCUCCACCUCUGGGUUGCGAGUUUGAAACCUAUGUGGGGCAGUUGCCAGGUACUGAUCAUAGGCUGGUAGUUUUUCUCUGGUUACUCCGGCUUUUCUCCACGUCCUCGAAUGACCCUGGCUGUUAAUAGGAAGUUAAACAAAAACAAACAAACUUCACUAAAUAGAUCUUCCUGUAUACCUGUUCAACAAAUUUAUUCUUCAAUGAAUAUUUUUGUUUCGUAUACAUUGGUAUAUAUAUAAUAUACGGUUAACUAUACUCUAGAGACAGACAUUCCUGUGUAUGUAUAUUUUCAGACAUAAACUCCUCAGUAAACAUGUUGAGCUGCAAUAUUACAAAACACCUAUUCCUAAAUGGCCUAACAUUGUUUCUCUCAAUAAGUCAUGAAUAUUCAAUAUUUUUUGUUUACAAAAGCUGUAUUUCUGGUAUAAAAUCUGUAUGUCUGAUCAAAGUCCUCAUAUAAAGGUUGCUGUAAUACAUUGUAAUUUGCAUAAUGAAUUUCCCUCGACAAGAUUAUGAGCACAUGAAAAUGACUUUUACAUUUUAUGAGAUAUUGUAUUCUUUUCGAAUGAAAAUAUUGGUAUAAUUGGUUUGCAGAUGUAAAAUAAGUUGUUUUGUUAGAUAUUUGAAAGCCUACUGACACCUAGUCCAACUUAUCUUGACAUUUUAUCAACAUUUUUGUUAGUCAGGCCAAUAUAAAAAAAAACAAAAAAAACAUUGGAAUAAUUCAUAUAGACACCUAGCUUCCUACCCACAUAAAAAUAGCUGGAUCCUCAAGUGUACCUGUUGAAAGGCUCCAUAUGCAUUCAAUAUAAUUAUUUCGUGGGCAUACAUUUUCAUAUUUAAUAAUUGACUCACAAACAGAAAAAAAAAUGUUCUAGUCCAACCAAUAUUGUCAUCUUAAAUGUUGAACAUAUUUACUAGCCACAACAAUGUCUGUUUUCAGGUAUUUUCAUAUUAAAUAAGUACCGAUACCUUGAUUAUGUUGUUCAAAAGACAAUGAGAGAUAUUUCCCCUUAAACGUAGCACAUUUGUUUCAGCAUUGGUAGCUGUGUUGUUUGAAUCUCAGCCUCAUUUUCAAUUUAAAAAUAUGGUGUUGAUUUUAACAAAUUCACAUUUACUUAUUUCAUGCAAGAUUGAUAUUUUUGAUAUAUGUUGAUAUUCUAGAUGUGGUUCACAACGUUCAGAUAUUGCAUUUUCAGAUAUGCAAGUUUUAAGUUGUUUUAUUAGAGAAUGAGACAGUGAUUUCCGUUGACAGGAAAUAAACAUAUUCCUUUGUUAUGUCAUUGUUUAUAGACAUAAAUGUUUUACAAUGUUCUGUUCAUGAGAGAUGAGUUGAAGUUGUGCCUAAAUAUUUUAUAGACAUUAUUUUAUCUUUGAAUUGUGGAAAAAAGAUUUAGGACUGUUUCAUAAUUAUCUGUGUGGGAGGGGUGGGAGGCAUUUUUCACAGACCCCACCACCCAUCAAAUAAUAAAACCUAUUAAGUAUAAGGAAUACUAGAAAAGUUGGGAUAGAUCCCUACCUCUCAUCAAAUUUUAUACAAGUGCCUCCUGCCCCUCCCACUCAAAUAACUCUGGAAUAGCCCUGAACUAAUAAAUAGGUUUAUUUAUUGAAUAGUAUCAUAUUGCUGAUGAUUUGAAUCCCUGCCCUGGCAUAUUUUGGCAGAAUUAUUUUAUUUGUUGACUUAAAUUUAGAUUUAACAUGCUGCAUGUUUAAUCACUAAAGAUCUCAAAAUAAGCCAUUUUUGCCUUGAUAGAUCUUGUUUUGUUUUCAUUUGAUUAGACUCUUUUACUGCUUGUAACUUUUGUAUUUUUCUUCAUUAUUGUUUUUCUCUGCUAUUUAUCUGCCGCCAUAUCAUAUGCUGAUAUAGAAUGACUUAUUUUAGCUUUUUUUUUCAUUCCACUUUUAUACCCUCACAACCGAAUUGAUGCCUUCUCUGUUGGUCCGUCCUCAUAACACAAUCGUUAGAGUAAGACGGAACAUAAUAUUACUCCUGACAGUCAAAUCAACCAGUCAUCAAUCGCAUAAUGUUAUUAUAUAAAUGUAGAGAAUAGAGCUGACACAGUAGUUGGUGGGGAGAUGGAUCCUGUGCCUCGACUGGCUACCAGGAGGUAUGUAGGGGAUUAAAUGAAUCGGGGAUGAACAAGAGUAGGUUAAUCAAUCAAAACAGGAUUGGUCAAAAAAUAAACAAUAAAUAUCGGUGACCGAGUAGUUAAGAUGUCCCGACACUUUAUCACUAGCCCUCCACCUCUGGGUUGCAGGUUUGAAACCAUGGGGCAGUUGUUUUCUCCGGGUACUCCGGCUUUCCUCCACCUCCAAAACCUGGCACGUCCUUAAAUUACCUUGGCUAUUAGUAAAAAAAAAUAAUAACCAUUUAUACAAACCAAAUACAGAGGUUGAGCAUGAAUUUAUUUACGUCGACCAGUGUCACCCUUUAUGUCAAGCUUUGUCAGGAUAAUAAUGAAAUAAAACUUUACCCCAAAGUCCACACUUACGUAAUUGAUUUACCUACUCCCCUUGUGGAUACAUCUUUAGUAGUUCACCAGUAUAUUAUCCAAUAUAGGUCACUGUUACCUAUAUUUUAUUCUUCACUGACUUUGGUAAAGAUUUGAGAGUUAUGUUAAGUUCUAUUUCUCCUAAAUUGGUCCCACAGGAACUUGCCACAUAUUCCAAACCCAGUCCAUGUCAUAUUUCAUUUAUAGACAGUUAAUUAGGAAUAUGCCCCAAGAUCCUGUGAUAACCCUACAUAAGUUGAUUUGAACUCGAAAAUAGUGCAGGCCCUUUUGGCCUCAAUUUUAGGAAUACUGUCUCAAAUCAGGUUGUUCAGUGCUAUUACAUCUUAUCUUGUUUAGACCAAAUGGUAUUCUUAUGGUUUAUCAGUGCUUUUUGAUGUAAAGUUAAAUCAAAAUAUGCUUUCCUGUAUCUUUGAGAUGUCAAUUUGGUGGGAAUUUCUAUUUUAUAAUUCUUCCAGUACACAUUUUUGAAUUUGCAAUUCCUUUCUAAUGUGUAUUCAUAAGUCCAAUUUUGAUGAUAAUGUUCACAUUUUCAUCAAUGAUGAUAAUGAAAUUUACAUAUGUACAUGUGUGUGAAAAUACAUGUACAUAUAUUAAAAAUUUAUACAAUAAAAUAUUUCUUGAAAAUUUGAAUAGAAUUAUAUGAAAAAAAGGAAAAUUGAUUUAUCCAAACUUCAGUAAUAAAUGAAGACACAGUUAAAAUGGAUGAACUACAAAUGUACAUGUUGUGGAUACCCUUGUAUUUCCAAAUGAACUGUGAACUGUCAUAUUAAUUAUGUAAUAUAGGUUGUUACAGGGUAGUAAAUCACUUCAUAAUUAUAUUAUUUGAUACUUGGAAAGUUCGUAAAUGUAUGUGAAUUUGGUUUCAUUAUUAGAAAAUCAGCAUUAUAUGUAAACAAGAUGUGUGGAUAGAAAAACCUGCAACUACCAUAUCCUUCUUAUUGCUGUAGUACAUACAUGUACUGGUAAUGUGUAACUAUGUAUUACUGGUUUGUUGGUAUUUAGAUCUGAAUUUUCACCCGUGAAUUAGAUUUUCAUUCAACCCUAUUAAUAUAAAACUAUUUUUUAUAGAAAUAUUUUUCCAUUUUUGUUUAUUAUUUUGGAUCAACAUGCAACCAACAUAAUAUUGCUUAUCAAACUCCUCAACCUUCGUUUGCUCUCAUUGUCAAUAAAUUUUCUACCAGAUCAAUAUAGAUUAUUUUAUGUAGCAUACCGAACAUCAUUGAUGAGCCUUGUAUUGUGUUAGUCUAAUCAGUUUAUUUUGGUAAGCAUUAUUUGCUUUAUUUUCUAUAGUUUGUUUAUGUCAAAAAUAGAUUUUAAAUGUUUUUAAGA